AGCGGUCACUCGACUAUCUUAUCAAUAUAAUAGAACAUCUUUGCUGUGGCACAGGCGCUGUCAGGUGCAAAGCCGCGAACGACACCGCGGCAGCUCGGUUAAAAGUACAGAAUGUGUCAGGAACAAAAAACAAGAGCUGCUCUCUGAUUCUCUCCGUGGAGAGAGAGAGAUCAGCCAUGGCCAGCUGUCGGAGAGAGAGCCCGCGGAGCCGGGCAGGACAGGCAAGUGGCAGUCUGAGAGCAGCGAGGAAGCCCGGGCAGAGAGAUCCUUCCAGCGAGUUAGGGGACGCGGGCGAAUCAAUGACAGAGCUACCACAAUGGUUGCGAUUUUAUUUCUAUGGGAUGCACGGUAUCACUUUGGAUAUCCUCCUGUCGUCGGCACAGGGGCUUUUGGCUGACAGGGACCCCAAACUGUUCGGCUUUUCCUCCCCGUACCUCUGCAUCAUGCACUCGGUGACCCAUUUCUUGCUGGAAAAAAUAUAUUCGCAAAAGAAGUGCUUUCAAGGACGCACAGUAGUUUUUCACCUUGUUUUCUAUCCCUCUGUGUACAUUGGGUUGCAGAUCCUGAUGGUGAAUAUAAACACGCUGACCGAGCACGUUAGAAUAGUCUCUGCUACUCAUCUCGUCGUUCACUACCUACUGGCACUGUACUUCACCCAAGUUUUCCACAAGGGGCUUGCGCGGCUGCGCUACCACCGCCCCGGGAAACUGACCAUGUCUACACCGGAAAAGCGCACCCUGGAGCCGCUGCCUAAUAAUGGUCUGCCCGAUGUUGUGCGAUUCCUCUUCUUUGGAAUGCACGGCUUUUUGGACGAGAUCUUUUUUACCUCGAUAUUCAACCUUGUGGAGAAAUCGGACCAGACCAUGAGCGGCCACACGUCCCUGUGGUCCUUCCUGAUGUACGGAAGCUGCAGCUUCGUGGUAGAGAAACUCUACCUGCAUUUGUACUUCAGACGGGGCUGGAGCACCUGGAGGCGGCUCCCCAUCUAUAUCUGCUUCAUCUACACCUGGGAGUUCUGUUGGGGGCUGGCGCUGCGGCAGUACGGCGCAUGCUCAUGGGACUAUUCCCACUAUCCAUUCAACUUCAUGGGCCUGAUCACGCUCCUCUACCUGCCCGGAUGGUUCUGCAUCAGUCUCUACCAGGAUAUUCUGUCCAGCGUUCUGCUGCGCGUGGUGGUGUGUGCCAAAGACGAGGAGUGAAGGCACCCAGGGCAGGGCGCUGGCAUCAACGUCUGCCAUGUGUCCAGGGGAAGAAAACUCUAUUAUAGGCCUAGGUCACAUUUGAUUUAGGGACUAUUGAUACCAAUACAAAGAAAGAAGAGGACAUUUAAGACCAUCAAUGUUGUACCCGGACUUAAAUAAUGUGUAAUUCCCUUGUGGAAAUGUGGAAUUGAUGUGGCUGUUUAGACAGCAUCUUUUAUCAGUGAUUCUAACAAAUAGCCUAUCAAUUUGUGACAGGUAGCCUAAAAGCACAGACAUGCCUUGCCUGGCAUGUGAUGACACACAGACAUGCCUUCUGCUGUGAUGACAACUGACAUUUCGAACUUUGAUGUAGAUGAAACAAUAAUAUGUAACAUUUUACACUUCACUUGCUUGCUCAUUUUAGAGCUGUGAAUUAUUUCCUAAACUAUAUUGACAAAGUCAGCCAUAUGCAUGGUGGCACCAUUUGACUAGGUUGGUCUCUUCAAUCCCAGAGCAUGCUUUGAACUCAUUUCUGCAUGGCUGCAUUCAUGAUCACUUAAUUGCUUAAAUCGUAUUACCUUAAAACAAUGUGUGACAUUUGGAAAUAAAAUAGCUUGUAAAAAGUUCAAAAUGUAGCGUGAGAUGUAAUCGAACCGAAUAGAACAGGUGGUGGACCGAAUUCAUUUCACUGUGAAUCUUUUUCUGAACCAAACCUUAACCUUCCUGUGUUGGAUUGCCUUUCCGAGCAACCCUACAGACAGCUGGACUAAAGACAAACUGAACUACACUGUGGGCCAGUUCCCCCCGAGUCCUGGCCGAGCUCAAAAUGAAGCUCAAUGGGGAAUUGAUAGUGCUUUUUAGUCUACAACUAUAGGCUUAAUCUGGGUCAUGUAAACAGGCAAUGUGUGCCAAUCAGACAGACCCUGAUGAUCACCUUUAUAUUUCUCUCUUCUUUACAUAGGGGCAUCCCAGCCCCAGGCUUGUUUACCUAACAUUUAUAAAGCAGCGGAGCAUGAGUCAGCUUUUUAUGGUUUACACUCUAUAGGUGGAUCUGGAGUGGGCAAUAUCGGGAGUCAGUAGACCUGGGUUCAAAUACUACUUGAAAUCUUUCAGGCACUUUCACUGUUUGUUUUUAACCUGCCUGGAGUGCGAGAUGGAUGGGUUUUGGGGUUUGAAUUUUUGCGGCUAUUCUAUUGGUUCCAUGCCAGGUAAGCUCAAUCAAGCCUAGAUAAAAUAUUUGAAAUUAUUUCAAAAAAGUAUUUGAAUCCAGGUCUGGGAUCAACCUCCAUGCAUAGAGCUCUUUGGCAUAUAUCUUUCUGCCUGUUUUAUUUCCUCGUUUGCCAUUGUACCAAACGGUCAAGUCUCAUGUUCUCUCUGAGGGGCCAAACACAUACAGUAUGUGUGGAUACCUGGCACUGUGACUUCAUUAGCAACCUGUUCCAACAUUAUUCUCUUUGGAAAGUACAUUUUGAAACAUAUAGUUUUUGCUCUUUUUAUUGAUUGGAAUGAUUCUCAAGCAGGUUUUUAAUGCAUUUUACUGCCUGCCUUCAUCAGUCCUGGGGAUUCCAUGAAACGAAGGUUGGAGAUUGUUAGGAAUACGGACUGAAUGGUUCAUGCCGUGGGAGUUUCCCUGUCCUGCGCGAACAAACAAUACCUUCCAGUCAUCUGGAGACUCACACUGGACUGACUGAAAUGACACAAUUCUUUCUUUUUUGGUUUGUCGUUUCAAAAUGGUGGGCUUUUGUUGUGAGCGAUGCAAAAGAAGGAUACACAUGGUGAAUAGGACCAGGAGUUUCUUUCCUGGUUAUGUGGUCGGGGAGGAUCUCCUGUCCCUGGUGAAGUUGUUAUCUUAACUAUAUGAUAAGGUUCCUUUUUCAAAUGUGAGGUUUGGAAAUCAUUGAUCAACUGUAUUUAAUAAUACACUACAAUCAUGUACUACAUGGCUCACAAUGAGGAAGUAAAAUCAUGUUUAUUUUAGGUUAUAAAUGAAGAGAGCCCGAAAGAAAGUAUUCUUGCUAUAGUAUGCCCAUGGUGGAAUUGAAUUGAAUCAAUCACUGGAUUGAAAUAGUGUGGCCUGUAUCCUGUACAUUACUUAUUAAAUCUCAAAGAAUUCCAUGUUGAACCGACAAGGUUGGCCCAGUUCAUGUUCAUGUUGUCUUGAUUGACGUUGUGCUCUCACUAAAUUGUUUGUAUUUA